GUGGGCGCUGGGGGGAGCCGGCGUGCGGGGCCAGGAGCGCGGCCGGAGUGGCGGUGGCGGCCCUAACUGCUGCCGCCGCCGCGGCCGCCGCCGCCACCACCGCCGCCCUGUUGGUACGGCCGCUUCCUGAUCAUGUGCAGCCGCCGCCGCCCGGAGCCGGGAGCCCGCGAGCGCCCCAGCCCGGGCCGGCGCCCCCGCCAGUUCCCGGGGCUGGAGCCGAGGAGCCGCGGCAGGCGCUGCCCUGCCCGCGCCGGGAGUGAACGGCUGCGCGGCUGAUCAGAGGGUGAAUGAAGCCAGGAGGAGGGGAAGGGGGAGGCGGCGGCGGAGGAGGCGCUGCGGGGACUGGGAUGCCCCCUGGAGCCCCGCUGCUCGUUCACUCUGGGCCGGGCCGGAGACUCCGCCACUCCUGCGGCCGCUGCCGCCUCCUACGUGGUUCCAGCGCUGCACGCAGACCGGUCCCACAGCGGGCAGGGAAGGGGGCCGGCCGGGCGGAGCGAGAGGAAGCUCGAGCAGCCCGUCAGCAGGGUGGUCCCUUCAAGCUGCAGACUGGUCUGUGAUCUCUGGCCGGCAGUCUCCUCCUCCGCGGCCGCUGCAGAGAAGUGCGUUGCACAUCAGCAUUCUGGAACAAAAUGAAAGAGUUUAUUCUGAGGCCUCAAAAAUAAUCCUGCUGCAGACCACGAGCAAGAGAGAAGGGGCAGACCCCAGCCUGCACGAAUGGUCCUGAAACACAAAUGGUCUCGGGUCUAGGCAUUUUACACUGAGUUUCUCUACUGCCACCCUUUCCUGCUCAAGCAAAAUCUGUGUGAAAAGAUCUGCUGGGAAGGACCUGACUGCUUCUGAUUCUCCAUUGUGAUGAAAGCACGUGGUACAGUUUUCCAAAGAAAUUAGUCCGUUUUCUGGGUGGAGAGGAGACCAAUCUGCUGUUCUCACAGGGGAUUUCUCCUGUCUCUGUGAAAGGAAGAAAGGACACGUCUGAGCCCAGGAGGGCUCCAGCUUCUCGGGGGAAGUCUCCAUGGUGAAGGAGAGGCUGGGCCUACCUGUGAACAGCGCACAGUGAAUGUUAUUCCAGAGAGGCUGCUGGCGGAUCGCACCCGCGGGGAGAUGAUUCCUCAUGAAGAGCCUGGAUCCCCUACCGAAAUCAAAUGUGACUUUCCGUUUAUCAGACUAAAACCAGAGCCCGCCAGACAGUGAAACAGUCACCGUGGAGGGGGGACGGCGAAAAAUGAAAUCCAACCAAGAGCGCAGCAACGAAUGCCUGCCUCCCAAGAAGCGCGAGAUCCCCGCCACCAGCCGGCCCUCGGAGGACAAGGCCACGGCCGUGCCCAGCGACAACCACCGCGCGGAGGGCGUGGCAUGGCUCCCGGGCAGCGCUGGCAGCCGGGGCCACGCGGGCGGGCGGCUCGGGCCGGCGGGGCCCCCGGCGGAGCUCGGUUUACAACAGGGAAUAGGUUUACACAAAGCGCUCUCCGCGGGGCUGGACUACUCCCCGCCCAGCGCGCCCCGGUCCGUCCCGGCGACCACGACGCUGCCCGCGGCGUACCCGCCCCCGCAGUCCGGGGCGCCAGUGUCGCCCGUGCAGUACGCCCACCUGCCGCACACUUUACAGUUCAUCGGGUCUUCCCAGUACAGCGGGCCCUACGCCGGCUUCAUCCCUUCCCAGCUGAUCUCCCCCACGGCCAGCCCGGUCACCAGUGCGGUGGCCUCUGCCGCCGGGGCCGCCACUCCAUCCCAGCGCUCCCAGCUGGAGGCCUAUUCCACUCUGCUGGCCAACAUGGGUAGUCUGAGCCAAGCCUCGGGACACAAGGCUGAGCAGCAGCAGCAGCACUUAGGCAGGACUGCGGGGCUCCUCCCCCCGGGGUCCCCACCACCCACCCAGCAGAACCAGUACGUGCACAUUUCCAGCUCUCCGCAGAACGCCGCGCGCCCGGCCUCCCCGCCGGCCCUCCCCGUCCACCUCCACCCCCACCAGACGAUGAUCCCGCACACGCUCACCCUGGGGCCCUCCCCGCAGGUCGUCGUGCAGUACACCGACUCCGGCAGCCACUUUGUCACCCGCGAGGCCACCAAGAAAGCCGAGAGCAGCCGGCUGCAGCAGGCUGUGCAGGCCAAGGAGCUCCUGAACGGGGAGCUGGAGAAGGGCCGCCGGUACGGGCCGCCCACCUCGGCCGACCUGGGCCUGGUGAAGGCGGGCGGCAAGUCCGUGCCCCACCCCCACCCGUACGAGUCCAGGCACGUGGUGGUUCACCCCAGCCCCGCCGACUACAGCAGCCGAGACUCCUCGGGGGUGCGGGCCUCUGUGAUGGUCCUGCCCAACAGCGGCACCCCUGCCUCCGACCUGGAGGUGCAGCAGGUCACGCACCGGGAGGCCUCCCCCUCCACCCUCAACGACAAAAGCGGCCUGCACUUAGGGAAGCCGGGGCACCGAUCCUACGCGCUGUCACCCCAACAGGCCCUGGGCCCGGAAGGCGUGAAGGCCGCCGCCGUGGCCACGCUGUCCCCCCACACGGUCAUUCAGACCACACACAGUGCUUCAGAGCCACUCCCGGUCGGACUGCCGGCCACGGCCUUCUACGCGGGGACCCAGCCGCCUGUCAUCGGCUACCUGAGCAGCCAGCAGCAAGCAAUCACGUACGCGGGCGGCCUGCCCCAGCACCUGGUCAUCCCCGGCACCCAGCCCCUGCUCAUCCCGGUCGGCAGUGCUGACAUGGAGGGGUCCGGAGCGGCCUCGGCCAUAGUCACUUCAUCACCCCAGUUUGCUGCAGUGCCUCACACGUUCGUCACCACCGCCCUUCCCAAGAGCGAGAACUUCAGCCCAGAGGCCCUGGUCACCCAGGCCGCCUAUCCGGCCAUGGUGCAGGCCCAGAUCCACCUGCCUGUGGUGCAGUCCGUGGCAUCGCCCGCAGCAGCCCCCCCUACGCUGCCUCCCUAUUUCAUGAAAGGCUCCAUCAUCCAGUUGGCCAACGGGGAGCUGAAGAAGGUGGAGGACUUAAAAACGGAAGACUUCAUCCAGAGCGCAGAGAUCAGCAGCGACCUAAAGAUCGACUCCAGCACCGUGGAGAGGAUCGAGGACAGCCCCAGCCCGGGCGUCGCAGUGAUACAGUUUGCCGUCGGGGAUCACCGAGCACAGGUCAGCGUGGAAGUUUUGGUAGAGUACCCUUUUUUUGUGUUUGGACAGGGCUGGUCAUCUUGUUGCCCGGAGAGAACCAGCCAGCUUUUUGACCUGCCGUGUUCCAAACUCUCCGUUGGGGAUGUCUGCAUCUCGCUCACCCUCAAAAACCUGAAGAACGGCUCUGUUAAAAAGGGCCAGCCCGUGGAUCCUGCCAGCGUCCUGCUGAAGCACUCAAAGACCGACGGCCUCGCGGGCGGUAGACACAGGUAUGCCCAGCAGGAAAACGGGAUCAAUCAGGGAAGUGCCCAGAUGCUCUCCGAGAACGGCGAACUGAAGUUUCCAGAAAAAAUAGGAUUGCCGGCCGCGCCCUUGCUCACCAAAAUAGAACCCAGCAAGCCCACGGCCACGAGGAAGAGGAGGUGGUCGGCGCCGGAGACCCGCAAACUGGAGAAGUCGGAAGACGAGCCACCUUUGACUCUUCCUAAGCCUUCUCUCAUUUCUCAGGAGGUUAAGAUUUGCAUUGAAGGCCGCUCUAACGUAGGCAAGUAGAGGCAGCGCGGGGACAGGAAGUCCGGCCCUCCUUUGCCGUUUGUAUCCAGAUUACUGUACUGUAGGCUAAAUAACACAGUAUUUACAUGUUAUCCUCUUACUUUAGGUUUCUGUUAUAACCUUGUCCUUAGAGUUACAGCGGGUGUCGGGCAGGAGACUGGUGCAUAUGCUUUUUCCACGAGAGCGGGGGGCCGGGGUGGCCCCAGUCCAGGCUCGGGUUGGGCAUCCUGGUGGAAAUGAAUGGCUUCACGGCGCCUGCCUUUUCCAGCCGCACGGAUGCACCCACUGGGCGCCGACUUCUGCGGGUUUGGGGAGGACGUUCUGCGGGAAGGGAGCUGCGGGGGAGUGCGUGCGUGUGUGCGUCUAGGGGUGCGCGGGUGCCACGGCGAGUGAGGGUCUCUUUCUCUCCGCCUCCUCCUGUCUCCCUCUCUCUUGCUCUCGGCAUGGGGUCGGAGGUCCAGAGGAAUGUCCUCGGGAGGUUCUCCCGUGCAAAACCAACGUCAGGAACCCAGCUGCAUUCAGGGCAGCGUAGAGAGGGAUCAGACAGCAGGUGGAAUGCUAACCGUGUGAAAGAACAUUCUUUUUCCUCCAACAUUAUUUUACAAUAAAAGCAACUUUUAAUCAUAGAGAUAUAUAUUUCCCCCAUGGGGCCUGACUGCACUGAUAUUUUUUUAAGGAGCAGCUGCCACCCGUGGGAUUUCGUUUCUGCUUUACUAGUGCAGUGAUGUGGGCAGGGCGUCGUGGUGGGCAGGGCAGCCCCUGCUGGCAUCGCUCCACGUGGUGGGCGGCGCGGGUGGGGGAGAGUGAACACCCACUCUGGAUUCUGUGCAGUGUUAGGAAAACCAAUCAGGUUAAUUGCAUUGACUUUGCUCCCAAGAGAUAGAUGAAAACUGCCCUUCGAGAGAGCCACGGAAGCUCUUCGCGUUGGGUUUGCAAAUCUUUUGUCUUUUAACUCUAGUACUGUUUAUAGUUCAUGACUAUGGACAACUCGGGUGCCACUUUUUUCAGAUUCCAGUGUGACGUGAGGAACUAGAUUUUGAAGAUGAGCAUCUAUAUUACUAUCUCUAAGCACUUAAAAUGCUGUUCACACUUUAUUACCAAGCAUCUUGGUCUAUCAUUCAACAAGUACUGUAUCUCACUUUAAACUCUUUGGGAAGAAAGACAAAAAAAGAAAAAAAAAAAACAAGUUGCUUUCUUUUUUUUUUUUUUUUUCCAACACUGUAACUACAUUUCAGCUCUGCAGAGUUUCUCACGGAGCAAGAUAUUGAAAGUUUCAAUGUGGUUUAAAGGGAUGAAUGUGAAUUAUGAGUAUGUGACAAUGAAUGACCACCAAGAACAGCCUGACGGGAGGCACUCUUCACUUUGAUGUUCGAGAAAGAAUUAAAAGCAUAUGCAGAGCUGACAGAGAAACUGAGAGAAAAGGGAUGGAAAAAAGAAUACUCACUUUUGUCCAGUGUUUUUCUUUUUAAGAUGAACUUUUAAAGAACCUUGCAAUUUGCACAUCUUGAGUUUAUAAUUUGUGUGAUAUUCCUGCAGUUUUUAUCCAAUAACAUUGUGGGAAAGGUUUGGGGGACUGAACGAGCAUAAAUAAAUGUAGCAAAAUUACUUUCUAACCUGCCUAAACUCUAGGCCAUUUUAUAAGGUUAUGUUCCUUUCAAAAUUUAUUUUGGUCUUUCUACCGCAUCUGUCACAUGAAACCAGGUCUUAGCAGGACAACUCUGAGAAUUUUCUUCAGAUUCAUUGAGAGAGUUUUCCAUAAAGACAUAUCUGUGAGCAAGUUUUUUUUUUUAAGGAAACAAUUACUUUAUUGUUGUUGUUAUUAAUGUUAUUUUCAGAAUGACUUUUUUUUCCCAUCUGAAAUCAAAUCAAGAUUUAAUGUUUGGUACAAACCCAGAAAGGGUAUUUCACAGUUUAAAAUCUUUUAUUGCCAGAGAUCUGAACUAUUAUUUGUGGGGUUUGAGUGUGCAUCUUAAAAUGCUUUAAAAAAAAAAAGUUUUAUAAGAAAGGAGACCUUUUUAAAUAUUCUUACUUGGAAUGGCUACAAUUAAUCUGAACAAAUACCUGAUUUUUCUUUUAGCAUUGGAAAUAGUACUCUUUCCACUUCACAAGUUAAAAAAAAAAAUUCUAAUAUCAACCCCCAUUUGGGCUGUCUAGUAUUCCUCCACAUUUAGCUCUGACUAGAAGUAAUGAUUUUUAUAAACCAUUUUCUGGGGUGUACCAAAAACAUUUGCAUGGGUUUAGAACAGCUAGAACUGGUCCUGGACUCUCUUCGAAUUUCCUCACCCUCUCAGUGUGCUAGCAGGGAGCUGGGUGGACCCAUUCUUGCAGUCAUACUGCUUAUUUAGUGCUGUAUCUUUUUUUUUUUAAAACGUUUCUGUUCAGAGAACUUGCUUAAUCUUCCAUAUAUUCUGCUCAGGGCACUUGCAAUUACUAGGUUCUGUUUUUCUUUCUGUUUUGAUGGUAAGAGGAAGACGGGGCUGCCACAGAGACUCUGUCCUCAUUAGUGCCACUGAUGACAGCAACUCAUGUGGACUCAGAGAAACACCCACCACCUUUUGGCUUCUUUCGAGUAGUGAACUAACCGGAUCACAACAUCAACACUAAAAUGGGGAAACAUACGUGGUUUGGAGCAAUAGGAACAUCAUCGUCACUUGUGUGCUUCUGUUUUCAGGUAUAGGAAUUAUCCAACUAAUCGGUUCUUUCUACACCUUAUUCCAGUUCCCGUUUGCUUCUUUGGCAUGUGCAAUACUUCCUGUGCCAGUAGUCUGAUCGGUGUGCUCUAGAGAAAGCUCAGACCCCUUGGGCUUUUUCCCUCUUCCGUCCGUCUUUCCUGUCCUGGCCAGAGAAGGGCUGGAAGGAAGGAGCCAGGAAGGGGACAGCUGCCCGCUGCGAGAUCCCCCUGCUGCGGAUGCUGAGUCCUGGGGCAGGGAGUUUUCGGGAGCCCUGGGUGUCUGUCUGUCGCCUGGUUGGAGAAAGAGCCAGCGAAGGGGAUGUGGGGGAAGGACUUCCCUUCCCCUGUCACCGUGAGGAAUGGUGACCGUGCAGUGUGGAGAGGAAGGAGGCGGAGUCAUUUCUAAGGCACCCUCUGGAGCAAUAGAGCCAGGAUCAACCCUUUCCACGGUCCUUUCCGCCACUGGGCAGGCCCUUCCUCAGGUCUGUGUCCUUGAGACUUGGAGCCUCUGAGCAUGGGCAGGAAGCGUGGUGGCCUGUGGUGUGAGUGACCUGAGCAUCCGUUCACUGGUUGUGGAGGGGGCCACCUGUGAACACUGGUCACCACUCCUUUGUGGCAGCUUUCUCUUCAAAUAGGAAGGACAUCCAGAGGACAGGGGCCCUCCUCUUGUUUGCAGACGUUGGCGAGCCCCAAGGCUCCCAGGGCAGCCUUGGUCACCGCUCCUGCAUAGCAGACCUAACCAUGACAGGCAGAGAAAUUCUUCGGUGCCGUGCAGCUUACGAGGAUCAGCCAUGUGCCUCUGUACUAAUGUCCACUUUGCAAUAUUUACCGAACCUGUCUUUUGUUCUUCUUUCUUUACUGUUUCCCAUUUUUCAACUAAUAACAGCAGGCCUUUUGCGUUUACAGUGGAACACAAUCACCAAGAAAUUAGUCAGGGCGAACAGAAGAAAAAAAAAACCAAUAAUGAACCAACAAACAAGAACCUCUCUUUAUAGGGAUUUCUAAGUAUAUACAAUGACUGUUCCUUAGAAUGUUUAAGAAUUCUUUUGGUUUGUCUGGGCCACAUUGGGGGCGGGGGGGAUACAGAGAUGGAUGCCACUUACCUCAAAUCUUUUCAAGUGGAAAUCCGAAACUGCAUUUGCAUUUGGACGUUCAGGAUCAUUUUUCUAUGUCAGUCAAUUUUUUGUUUUCUCAACUGACCCAGUUUGGUUUCGGAUGAUUUGGUUUUUCCUUUUCCUUUCCGUGGCCAUCGUCAAUCCCAUUUCUAACUCUGAACCGUGACCCUGUGUGUUUUCUGUUAGGUGAGUGUGUUGGGUUCUCUCCCCCACCGGGAAGUGGCAGCACCCCUCCUUCUCCCCUCUAAGGAACUCUGCGGAAACUUCCACACCUCUAACUCAGGGACGGGGCUGGCGUGUGUGUGGUACACUGACGUGUCCGGAAGCAGCACUUUGACUGUUCUGGAGUAGGGUUGUACAACUUUAAGGAAUGUUUGGAUUUCCUGCAUCUUGUGGAUUCCUCCUUAGAUACUGCAUAGAUUGCAAUAUAAUGCUGCAUGUUCAAGAUGAACAGUAGCUCCUAGUAAUCCUAAAAUCCACUCUUUGCACAUAGUUUGAUCUUUACUGAAAUACGUUGCCAAAAUUUAUUUUUGUUGUGGUGUAGCUUUGGAAUUUUUUGUUUGUUUCUUUAAGGAAACAAUUGACAAGACCCUUUACCACCUGUGACUACUAAGGAAACCUAUUUCUUUCAUAGAAAAUAAAAAUCUCAAAUGCUUUUGAAGACACUAAUGCCAUGCUAUUUCAGAUCUGGGUGAAGCGGCAGAGCUCUGGGGCUGGAAGGCCAGGCUUUUUGAGCUGUGUUGGUUGUCAUGGCUACGGUUUCAGGAACAGCAAGCAGCUCAACAAACCAUGGUCUGUUUUCUCCUCAAACCCUUUGCACUUCCUGUCUCCUAGUCACCCGGGACGAUCCCAGGUGAAAGAAGGGCCAGCAGUCUCUGGGGCCCCAUCCAGCUUACUUGGUGGUGAUGACAAAGCAAAGGGAAUUACGCUUUUUGGUUUUUCAAGUGGAAUGGAGGUCUUUGCUUUCCACCUUUGUUUUCAACCCAGAAUUUCUGAAAUAGAGACUUUUAAGAACACCUCCAGUAAUAACUAUACAGAGAAUAUAUUUUUUUUUUUUUAUAAAGCACAUGCAUAUGCCAUCGUGUUGGGUUGGUUUCCUCUCUUUUCCACAGUGUUGCAUUUCUGUUGCUAGGGGAACUCCAAACUGUUUGCACACCUCUACUCCGGAGCUGACGCUUCUUUUACAUAGAUGACCUCGCUUCAAAAUAUGUUACCUUACCGGUAGGAUCUUUUCUUGUAGCACUAUACCUUGUGGGAAUUUUUUCUUUUUUAAUGUACACCUAAUUUGAGACGCUGAAGAAAAAAAACUUUGAAGCACUCACUUUGAGGAGUACAGGUAAUGUUUUUAAAAAUUGCACAAGAGAAAAAUGAAUGUCGAAAUGAUUCAUUCAGUGUUUGAAAGAGAUGGAUCUGUUGAAACAAUUGAGUUUCAUACCUUGUUUGUAAAAACAAAGAAGCAUAAAGGUUGAAAGUUACA